GAACUAUUACCAAAUCACUUAACACCCUUAACGGGUGACCCAUCCAUUACCAUUUCUCUCAUAAAAUUACCAAAAUCCUCAAAAACAUUGAGCAACAACAAUGGCGACAAAUUCUCUCUCCUCAAUAUCUUCCCUCAUUCUUACUCCUUUACAUUCUCAAGAAAAAUCCAUUUUCCCCACAAACUUCUCAACCAAAUACCCAUCAAUAAUCCGCUGUGCAAUGGCUUCAUCUCCUUCCCGCAACUCAAGAUUAUCAGAACCCAAGAAGAAGAUUUGGAAAGAAGGUGAAUUCCCAGCAUAUUCUGAGAAUUCAAUUCCUGUGUUUCAAAAGAAAAGAACCCAGAUUAAAAAUGUCAAGAAGAAGCUUGAUCGUAAGGCGAAAGCUAAAGCUUGGGUUAAUACUGUUACUGAGUCUCUUUCUGACCUUAUCCUUAAGAAACAAUGGCUUCAAGCUCUUCAGGUGUUCGAGAUGCUGAGAGAACAAUCAUUCUAUCAACCAAAAGAAGGAACUUACAUGAAACUGCUUGUACUGCUUGGAAAAUCAGGACAACCGCGACGAGCUCAUCAACUUUUUGAUACCAUGAUUGAGGAAGGGCUUGAACCAACCCGUGAGCUUUAUACUGCCUUGCUUGCUGCUUAUUGCCGCAGUUUCUUGAUUGAUGAUGCAUUCUCGAUUCUAGUUAAAAUGAAGGCUCUUCCACAAUGUCAGCCUGAUGUGUUUACUUACAGCACUUUGAUCAAGGCUUGUAUUGAUGCUUCUCAUUUUGAUUUGGUAGAGUCCCUCUAUAAAGAAAUGGAUGAACGAGGUAUUGUUCCUAACACGGUCACUCAGAAUAUUGUACUCAGUGGAUAUGGUAAAGCUGGGAAAUUCGACCAAAUGGAGAAGAUUUUGUCUGGAAUGCUUCAGAGUCCUACUUGCAAACCUGAUGUAUGGACUAUGAACACAAUAAUUGCCUUAUUUGGAAAUAUGGGUCAGAUUGAGAUGAUGGAAAGGUGGUAUGAGAAAUUCCGGGAUUUCAAUAUUGAACCUGAAACUAGGACUUUUAACAUCUUAAUUGGUGCUUAUGGGAAAAAGCGCAUGUAUGAUAAAAUGUCUUCGGUGAUGGAAUACAUGCGCAAGCUUGAAUUUCCUUGGACAACUUCCACUUACAAUAAUGUGAUAGAGGCAUUUUCUGAUGUAGGAGAUGUGAAAAACAUGGAAUUUACGUUCAAUCAGAUGCGUGCUGAGGGAAUGAAAGCAGACACCAAGACAAUUUGUUGUCUUGUUCGGGGAUAUGCCAAUGCGGGUGUGUUCCAUAAAGUAGUGAGUACUGCUCAAUUGGCUGGAAGAUUGGAGAUACCAGAAAAUACAUCAUUUUUUAAUGCUGUUAUAUUUGCAUGUGCAAAAGCUGAUGAUUUGAUGGAAAUGGAAAGAGUUUAUAGAAGGAUGAAGGAGAAACACUGCCAGCCGGAUGACAAUACUUUCGCUGUCAUGAUUGAUGCUUACAGCAAGGAAGGUAUGAGUGACAAGAUAUAUGACUUGGAACAGGAAAGAGACAAGAUGGUCACUGCCACUCCCGGGGAUAACUCGAGUGAAGUGAUGGACCCUGCUAGUGAUGUCUGAUUGCGGAGUUGAUUGAUUAAUACGUUUUUGUAGAACUGAUGCAAACUGUUGGGUUUUGGAUUGCACAACUUCCCGACUAAAGGAUUCCUGCUGCUGUCAUCCUGUUUUUAUUGUCAGCCACUGCAGCGUUGCAGGAGGUCCUUUCAAUCACUCGGAAACUGGCUGUAAGGUUGAACAGAUCACAGAUGGAAGUAACUAGCCAACACUCUUCUGCAACCUAGUAUUCUUAUUGCUGUAUAUUCUUCUAGUUGCUUAGUUAAUGACCUUGCAGUUUUGAUUCUUGAAGAGUUAGACGAUAUACUGAUUACUUCAUUGGAAUGACAAAUUUACACUGUUGAAAAUGUAAGAUGACAGAUAUUGUCUUUAUAUUUAUAGGAAGGUUUUAACAGCUUCAAGUAAAAUGGUGUAAUCUAGGAACUUAUUUUGUGCA